GGGAGCAGCCGAGAUUUACGUUUCAGUUUACGUCAAUUCAUCGACCUGUACGAUCAUAUUCAAAUCUGAGGCUAGUCAUCAGGGAAAGCAAAUUGUAUAGUGGUGAUUUAUUUUGUGAGACAAGAGAUAGACGAUGUUUGUGCUGCGGAUAGGGCUUUUACUGGCUCUAGGAUUAACCUUGGCAUUGGCAGAAGAUGAGGUUAUCCCUUGCCCUGAUGGUGAAUGUGUGAAGCUACAUUUAUGCCGUGAUGGUGAAAUUGUAACCGAUGGAUCUAAUUUGAUUGAUAUUCGGUUCAACCCCGAUGACCCUUGCGAACAUUACCUGUUGAAGUGCUGUAAAGUUCCGAAAGAUCUAGACGAUAAUGAACAGGUCAUUGCGCCGCCCUCAUCCAGCGGUGAACUCAUUAUUGCACCACCUAGCUCAUCUGGAAAUCUGAUCCAGCCUGGAGCAGAGGAUCGGGAUGGGUCAGGAUCAGCAGGAACUGAUUCUUCUGGCGGACCAGGAUCUGGCGGACAUGGUUCGGGAGGUGCUGGUUCUGGUGGUCUGGGAUCAGGUGGACAAGAGACCGGAGGGCUAGGAUCUGGCGGAACCGGAUCAGGUGGACUUGGAACCGGUGGAGUUGGACCAGGAGGCCAUGGGUCAAUACCUGGUUCGUGGUCAGAGGGGCCUGGAGGUAACGAUCAUACUACCGUGUCACCAAUCAAAUCGCCUCAUGACAAUGCAGGAUGUGGUUUCCGCAAUAAAGAUGGCGUAGGUUUCCGCAUUACGGGCAACUCGGACGGAGAGGCAGAAUAUGGUGAAUUCCCCUGGAUGGUUGCAAUUUUGAGAGAGGAGAAAGCUUUGGAUCAAGUCAUCAAUGUUUAUCAGUGUGGUGGAUCAUUGAUUCAUCCUCUAGUUGUUCUUACGGCUGCCCAUUGUGUUCAGAAUAAGAAGCCUCAUGAAAUCAAAGUCCGACUUGGAGAAUGGGACACCCAAACAACGAACGAAAUUCAUGAUCAUCAGGAUCGUAACGUACUUGAAAUCGUUUUCCAUGAAAAAUUCUACAAAGGAGGUCUAUUCAAUGACGUCGGAUUACUUUUCCUUGACAAGCCAGCUGAGAUUAUUGAGACAGUCAAUACCAUUUGCUUACCGUCACAGGAUUACAAUUUCGAUUACAGUCGCUGCUUCGCUUCUGGCUGGGGAAAGGACGUGUUUGGAAAGGAAGGCAAAUAUCAAGUUAUCUUGAAGAAAAUUGAACUUCCUAUUAUGCCGUACAACGAUUGCCAGAAAGCUCUACGAACAACUCGAUUGGGAGCUAGAUUCAGUCUCAAUAAGAGCUUCAUAUGUGCCGGAGGUGAGCCCGGAAAGGACACAUGCAAGGGAGACGGAGGUUCCCCACUUGUUUGUCCCAUCCCUGGAUCAGUCGAUCGAUACUACCAAGCAGGAAUCGUUGCUUGGGGUAUUGGAUGUGGUGAAAAGGGAAUCCCUGGUGUUUAUGCUAAUGUGGCUGGAUUUAGAAACUGGAUUGACGAGCAGCUUACCCAGCGUAGCAUUCCACAUAAUACCUAUAUCGCUGUGUGAGACUGACAAGAAAUACAUUUAAGUACUUUUGUGAGUGUAUA